GAGCUGCUCUCUGACAGAUGAGGAUACAGUAACCACCAACGCAGCAGGGGAACUUGUUGCUCAUUUAUUUUGCUGUAACAUCAAAGGAAACAAUCCCAGAAAAGGGAUGUGACUUUUUUUUUCCUGCAAACUGUUGCUUUUCUUUUCUAAUUUAUAGCACCAGGGAUUCCUCACUGAAGAGAGAUCGGUUUAAUAUUAACACAUGUGUUAGUUGCAAACAGAGCAAGCAAGGGGCAGGAACAACUGCUGUUACAUUAUUAAUCAGACUAAUUACCAACAAGUAUUUAUUGCCUUAAAAUGACAGACUCUGCUCCGGUUAAUGGGGAAGAAAAAGAUCCUGAUAUUGAACUUUUUGUCAAGGCAGGAAGUGAUGGAGAAAGUAUAGGAAACUGUCCCUUCUCUCAGCGUCUGUUCAUGAUCCUUUGGCUAAAAGGAGUCGUCUUUAAUGUUACCACAGUUGACUUGAAAAGAAAACCCGCUGACCUUCAUAACUUAGCUCCAGGAACUCAUCCGCCAUUCUUGACCUUUAAUGGAGAAUUAAAGACGGAUGUCAACAAGAUAGAAGAAUUUUUAGAGGAGUCACUUGCACCUCCAAGAUAUCCCAAGCUUGCUGCAAAACAUCGGGAGUCCAAUGCUGCAGGAAUUGACAUUUUUUCAAAAUUUUCAGCAUAUAUCAAAAAUACAAAGCAACAAGAUAAUGCAGCUCUGGAGAAGGGUUUGACAAAAGCUUUAAAGAAGCUGGAUGUCUAUCUGAAUACACCACUGACUGAUGAGAUUGACUCCAACAGCAGAGAGGAAGAGAAGGUUUCCAGGAGGAAGUUUCUUGAUGGGGAUGAGCUAACCCUGGCAGACUGCAACCUUCUACCCAAACUUCAUGUUGUCAAGGUUGUUGCAAAAAAGUACCGAAACUAUGAAAUACCCAAAGAAAUGACUGGCCUAUGGAGAUACCUGAACAAUGCAUAUGCAAGAGACGAGUUCACUAACACCUGCGCAGCAGACAAAGAAACAGAGCUGGCUUACGCAGAUGUGGCGAAAAGGCUUUCUAACUCAUAACCAUUACAGCAUCACAGUUAAAGACUGAUUCUUUUUUUGCCUUUGGAUGCAUCUUACUCAUGAAAAGCACCAACCAUAGCUUUAUACUAUUGUUAUUUGCUUUUGGAUAUGACAGAUUUCCAUUGCUUUGGCACCAAGGAAUUUAUGAAGUUAUUGAUUACAUACAUUUGAGCAAAUAUUUAAGAGCAAUAUGGUUUAAUCACACAUAGUGCAUAAUUUAACCAAACAAAUUAAACCUUAAGGCAAUAAAUGCUGUCCUCAAGAAAAGUAUUUUUGUAAUGUAACAUGACUCCUGUAUCUGUGAUUUAUAAAAUGUAUUAUUUGACAGAUAAUUGUGUUAUACGUGAUUAUUUAAUUUACUGUUAUACACUUUAGUUCUAAGAUUAGAAAAAUAUUUUUAUUUUAUCUUUGGAACAUUCUGAUUUUAUCAGAAGAGUGCUCUGAGUGGUUCCUGUUUUAAUGGAGUGCACAGUACAAUUCUAAAUUAUGAAUGGUUUCCAAUGGAAAAUAUUAAAGGCAUGCGAUCCUGAAGGAAAAAUAUGUGCUUUACAAUUAAUUAAUUUAAUAAAGGUAUAUGGCAAGUAUAAAUUA